AUGAACCUCUCUACCUCUCGUGCAAUUAUCCUCCACCCAUUGGUCGCCCCCGUGGGUGGUGCCCUGUCGCCCAAUUCUCGCGCCGUGGCCGAGUGGCUACGCUCGUUGAGCCCUUGUGACGUCCCCAACGUAGACAAACGUCCGUUGAGCCUCUUGGACUUCACUUGCGAUGAGAAUGUCCACGUCGUGUUGAGCUUCCUAGACGGUCCGUCGCUUUGCUCAGCACGCAGUGUGUGCCGCUCUUGGCGCCACCUGAGCAACGACGACGCGCUGUGGCUUGAGCUGUGCCUCCAUGAGUUUCACGUGUCGCCCGAGCAGCUCAAGUCGCAACCUGAGAGCUAUCAGAAGCUCUACCAGUUCGCCUGCCGCUCACUCAAGACGCUACUUCGUGACUAUCUGCACGAACAGUGUCUCACCAAUCUGCAAAACUCGCUGCGAAUCCCGCGGGCCGCCGCCAUGACGCUCAUCGCGUCGCGCUCGUCCGUGUGA